CUGCAUCGGAGCGCUGUUAAAAAAAUACCCCGAACACAAAAGCUCCAACGCGCAUAGCGUCAUCCUCCGCACCGCCUUUACAUUCAAGACUCUUUAUCCUUUCCUCCGCCAAAAUCCAGCGACGCCGAACCCACAACGGCUCCGACUCUUCUGAUAUUACCACUUUAUUUCUCUCCAUUUCUCUCGACACAUCCUGCCGCAUUUCCCGAGCCACUACCUUUGCUUGCCUGUCGUCGUCCUUGCCCUACCGAACGCAUCACAGCGGCCUCUCGUGCCUCGCGCACUUUCUAAACAGUUUUCCUACGAUGCGUGACUAAUGCAAAUUCAACAUGGCCUUCAAUUUCAACUGGUCGCCGCUCACGGCCGACGAAGAAUUCUACCAACGAGCUCAAGACCUGCUCACAACGGCCCUGAACAAAUCGCCGAAGCCUCCGAUUAUUGUCGAUGACAUCCUCGUCACCGAGUUCAACCUUGGCUCCGUGCCACCCGAGCUGGAGAUACUAGAGAUUGGAGACCUGGCCGAGGAUAGGUUUCGCGGCAUUUUCAAGAUGUGCUAUUCAGGCGAUGCCUUCUUGACCUUACGGACAAGAGUCCAGGCAAACCCCUUGAACACAUAUCUUUCGGCUAAGCCAGCAUUCACAUCACCACAACCACUGGCAGCGGCAGCAGGACUCACAAUACCUCUGUCUAUCACUCUGUCUGAAAUCAAACUUUCCGCCUUUGUCAUUUUGGUCUUCUCGAAACAGAAGGGCCUGACGCUAGUUUUCAGAAAUGACCCUCUCGAGUCUAUCAAGGUCUCUUCGACCUUUGACUCCAUCCAAUUUGUUCGGGAUUACUUACAAAGGACUAUCGAGGGCCAACUACGCACCCUGAUGAUGGAAGAGUUGCCAGCCAUUAUUCACAAGCUCUCGUUGCGGCUCUGGUGUCCUGACCAAUUGCCACGCGAAGACGAGGCACCGAGGGAAAGCGCCGAUGACGAGGUCGCUGUUGAUCCUUUUGCAGCUCCACCCUUGGAUGCAGUGGAUGCCAGCGGCCAUGUGCUUGAUGCCAAUGAAUUGUCCUCACUUUCACUUGAUGGUGGAUUUGAAUUGCACCCCCUUUUCUCUCAAAAGAACCUGUUACGGUUGGCGGCUCUGAACGACUCACAUCGGACCUUGUCUCUAUUCACACCAGGUAUCAAAAGCGCCAUGUUCAGAGCCUGGGCUGGACCAAUGGAUCGCCUCGAUGCCGGAAGGUCUACACCACUUGCAGCUCAAGGCCUUCUGCGAACGCAUUCGGUUCUGGGGAACUCCACGACUUACACAUUUACGGACGCUGGAAGUUUGGACAACGGUCAACUGCCGUCCCGAUCGUCACUGAGCAGCUUGAAUUCAACUACGAUGGGUCUGUCCGUGGGGGCCGGUCGUCACCCGCGUACGUCAAGAAAGAAGAAGACUCGCGUAGUGAAUCUGCGACGCAAGACGGACACAGCAAGCGAAGCGACCAGUGAUACGGGUGAAACCAUGUCUGAAACAAGUUCUAUGGCGGGGCCCAGUUCAGAACCGAUUAACGCAACUUCAAUUCCCGAAGAACCGGAAGAUGAGGAGCCUAUUGGCUCGUCGAGCAAAGUACGAUUCGCCAAGGGACCAGAGACGGAGCUCUCGAAGCGUUUGCCGUUAAGCAUGGACAUCUUUACGGACCCAGUAGAUUCUGUAGAAGCUGUGGUCAUGUCGGUGGAGGAAAAGACCAAGGUACCCACAGGUGGCCAAGCGAAGGCGCUGGAAGCUGGUGCCAUGACACCUAUUAGGAACCCGUUCAACCUCGACCGGAAGAGACCCAAUGGAUCCGAUACUUCGUCUGUGAUACUUGAACAAGCCUGGAUCGCUAGAAUGGCAGGCGAAAUCGCCCGUCGGGUGUAUGACGAGAAGCAGAGAAACGCCAAUUUCUGGGCCGAGCGCAACGACGCUCCACCCCCGGCCUACGAGGCCACACAAUAGAAGUACAAGCACAUCCACCCGGCCACCUCAAAUUUCCUAUGUACAUACCACGGGGAAGGACGGCAACGGCGUUAAGAGGAAACAGGAUACGCGGGUCAGGGGUGUGUCCAAUGUUCAAUAUGUAUUUGAAUGGUGUUCUGGGUGAUUAUUACCUAAAAUGGGCUGGGUUAUUGACGAGACUCUAGAUUUUAUGGCGGUGUGGCCGACUCGCCCAAAAGAGGAGGUGUACAAGAGGCGCACACCGGGGGCUUCCGCUCGCUCAUUGGAACUUCUUAAGUCUCUUUUGUCACAUGGUCCCUGGAAAAGGGCAACAACCCGUUAUAUAAACAUGAGUUGCAGAGGGAGGGGAAUGAGGUGGGGAUGAUUCGCACAAUGUCUCCUGGAAGAUCUGGAAUUCAACCGAGGAGACUCACUCGAGGCAAAGACCUUUAGAAAGAAUCACACCAAUCUGGCAAACGAAUUAAAUUUUUGCACGCUUCAGUACGCACA